CUGGCUAUCUGUAUUGAGUUGAAAAACAUUGAUUUCUCAUAUCCAUCUCGACCAGAAGUCCUGGUACUGAGCAAUUUCACUCUAAAAGUCAACGGAGGGCAAACUGUAGCUGUGGUAGGUGUUUCUGGCUCAGGAAAGAGCACAAUUAUAUCUUUAAUAGAGAGGUUUUAUGACCCUGUUGCUGGUCAGGUUUUACUUGAUGGCCGUGAUUUAAAGUCAUACAAUUUACGAUGGUUGAGGAACCAUUUAGGACUUGUUCAGCAGGAACCAAUUAUCUUUUCAACCACCAUUAGGGAAAACAUAAUCUACGCAAGGCACAAUGCUAGUGAAGCUGAGAUGAAAGAAGCCGCUAGAAUAGCAAAUGCUCAUCAUUUCAUCAGCAGUUUGCCUCAUGGUUAUGACACACAUGUUGGGAUGAGGGGGGUAGAUCUGACUCCUGGGCAGAAGCAAAGAAUUGCAAUAGCUCGUGUUGUUCUGAAGAAUGCACCUAUUCUGUUAUUGGACGAAGCAAGCUCCUCCAUUGAAUCUGAGUCGAGCCGAGUGAUACAAGAGGCACUUGAUACUCUAAUCAUGGGGAACAAGACAACUAUUUUAAUUGCCCACCGAGCUGCCAUGAUGAGGCAUGUUGACAACAUAGUUGUACUUAAUGGAGGGAGGAUUGUUGAGGAAGGUACCCAUGAUACACUGAUGUCAAAAAAUGGUUUGUAUGUCCGCCUGACGCAACCUCACUUUGGGAAAGGAUUGCGUCAGCAUAGGCUUGUUUAAAAACAGAAGCAAUGCAACUGAAGAUACU